ACGUGGACGUCUCAACCGGAAGAGAGGUUUCAUUUUGGCUACGUGGAAGUAGCUUCUCUUAUGGUCAAACCUGAGAGCAUCUUUUCUCUUCGUCCGCCAGCUUCAUUCCGACAUAAUGAUUAAAAAGUUUGAUAAGAAGGACGAGGAGUCUGGAAGUGGGUCGAACCCUUUCCAGCAUCUGGAGAAGAGUGCAGUGUUGCAGGAGGCACGUAUCUUCAAUGAGACUCCUAUCAACCCGAGAAGAUGCCUCCACAUUCUCACCAAGAUUAUCUACCUCCUCAAUCAGGGAGAGCAUUUUGGGACCACAGAGGCCACAGAGGCUUUCUUUGCGAUGACCAGGCUCUUUCAGUCCAAUGAUCAAACCCUGCGAAGGAUGUGCUACCUAACCAUCAAAGAGAUGGCCAACAUCUCUGAAGAUGUGAUCAUUGUCACUAGCAGCCUGACCAAAGACAUGACAGGGAAGGAAGAUGUAUACAGAGGACCUGCUAUCAGAGCCCUCUGCAGGAUUACAGAUACCACCAUGCUGCAGGCUAUUGAGAGAUACAUGAAGCAGGCUAUUGUUGACAAGGUUCCCAGUGUGUCCAGUUCUGCUCUGGUCUCCUCACUGCACAUGGUGAAGAUGAGCUAUGAUGUGGUGAAGCGUUGGGUGAAUGAAGCCCAGGAGGCUGCUUCCAGUGACAACAUCAUGGUCCAGUACCAUGCCCUGGGUCUGUUGUAUCACCUCAGGAAGAACGACCGUCUUGCUGUCACCAAGAUGCUCAACAAGUUCACCAAGUCUGGUCUUAAGUCUCCCUUCGCCUACUGCAUGCUCAUCAGGAUUGCCAGCAAACUGCUGGAUGAGACAGACGGAGGUCACGACAGCCCCUUGUUUGACUUCAUUGAGAGCUGCCUGAGGAACAAGAAUGAGAUGGUCGUGUAUGAGGCUGCUUCUGCCAUCGUCCAUAUGCCCAACUGUACAGCCAGGGAGCUGGCCCCUGCUGUGUCUGUGCUGCAGCUCUUCUGUAGCUCUCCCAAAGCAGCCUUGAGAUACGCUGCUGUCAGGACACUCAACAAGGUGGCCAUGAAGCACCCGUCAGCCGUGACCGCGUGCAACUUGGACCUGGAGAACCUAAUCACCGACUCAAACCGCAGCAUUGCCACGCUGGCCAUUACCACUCUGCUUAAGACCGGCAGUGAGAGCAGUGUCGACCGACUUAUGAAACAGAUCUCCUCGUUUGUCUCCGAGAUCGACGAGUUCAAGGUGGUGGUGGUGCAGGCCAUCAGCGCUCUGUGCCAGAAGUAUCCCAGGAAGCACAGUGUCAUGAUGAACUUCUUGUCCAACAUGCUCAGAGAUGAUGGCGGUUUUGAGUACAAGCGGGCCAUCGUGGACUGCAUCAUUAGCAUCAUCGAGGAGAACCCAGAGAGCAAGGAGACUGGCUUGGCCCACCUCUGCGAGUUCAUUGAGGACUGUGAGCACACUGUGCUAGCCACGAAGAUCCUGCACCUGCUGGGCAAAGAGGGCCCGCGCACCCCGCAGCCCUCCAAGUACAUCCGCUUCAUCUUCAACCGAGUGGUGCUGGAGAGCGAGGCUGUCCGUGCAGCUGCUGUCAGUGCUUUGGCUAAAUUUGGAGCUCAAAAUGAUGAUCUGCUGCCAAGCGUCCUGGUUCUCAUGCAGAGGUGCAUGAUGGACAGUGAUGAUGAAGUGCGCGACAGAGCUACUUUCUACAUGAACGUGCUACAGCAGAAGCAGAAGGCACUGAAUGCUGCCUACAUCUUCAACGGUCUGUCUGUUUCCAUCCCUGGCCUGGAGAAGUCCCUCCACCAGUACACUUUGGACCCCUCAGAGAAACCUUUCGAUAUGAAGUCCGUCCCUCUGGCCACCACUCCUAUCACAGAACAGAAAACAGAAAUCGCCCCUGUUGCCACCAGCAAAUUGCCAGAAAAGCUGGCCCCAUCGCGCCAGGACAUUUAUCAGGAACAACUGGCGUCCAUCCCAGAGUUCCAGGGUCUCGGCCCGCUCUUCAAGUCAUCUGAGCCGGUGCAGCUGACGGAGGCUGAGACGGAAUACGUGGUGCGCUGCGUCAAACACACCUUCGCCAGGCACAUGGUGUUCCAGUUUGACUGCACAAACACUCUGAAUGACCAGCUCCUGCAGAAGGUCCUAGUGCAAAUGGAGCCAUCGGAGGCCUAUGAGGUAAUACACUACGUUCCAGCCCCCAACCUCGCCUACAGUCAGCCCGGUUCCUGCUACACUUUGGUCCGCCUGCCUGACGAUGACCCCACUGCUGUGUCUUGUACGUUCAGUUGUACUAUGAAGUACCUGGUCAGAGACUGCGACCCAAACACAGGAGAGCCUGACGAUGACGGUUAUGAUGAUGAAUAUGUGCUGGAGGAUCUGGAGGUGACGGUUGCCGACCACAUCCAGAAGGUUUUGAAACCGAACUUUGGAGCGGCGUGGGAAGAAGUGGGAGAUGAAUUUGAGAAGGAAGAGACUUUUGCCCUGGCGUCUGUACGGACCCUAGACGAGGCGGUUGGUAACAUCAUCAGCUUCCUGGGAAUGCAGCCAUGUGAGCGCUCAGACAAAGUUCCCGAAAACAAGAACUCGCAUGUCCUCUUCCUCGCUGGUGUGUUUCGGGGAGGUCAUGACGCGCUGGUUCGUGCUCGCCUUGCUCUGGCUGAUGGCGUCACCAUGCAGGUGACUGUUCGCAGCAGUGAAGAGACGGUCGUUGAUGUCAUCCUGGCGUCCGUGGGCUGAAGUUCUUCACAGUGCAGCGUCGUGCCAAACGCAGCCCCAAGACCUGUCACCUCUGCACGACACACCGCCUGGGCCAUCACAUUGUUCUAUUCCACAGCUCUAAAAUUUAAUGUAUAAUAUUGUGAUUAUUAUGCCGACACCAUUGAACCUGAAAAACAUACAUGUUUUAUUACUUCCAGUAUAUGAACUGUCUUUCUUUACUGUUAAUACCAUUAGACUGUCUGCUGGUCCUCAAGUUUGUUUUCUUUGCAGUAAGAUUUUUUUUCUUCUGCCAAAUCUUCAAUAAAUUCUGACAUCAAAUUGUA